GACAUGCUGAAGAACACGCCGAAGGGCCACGUGGACCGCCUGCCCCUGCAGCUCGCCCUGACCGAGCUGGAGAUGCUCGCCGAGAAGCUGAACGAACAGAAGCGAGUCGCCGACCAGAUCACGGAAACCCAACAACUGGCCCGCAGCGUGAGCGACCGCCUGCUCAGCAAGCAACUGAACGCGGAGCAGGGGUCGCUGGUCCUUUGUGAGACGCUCAUUGAGACCGUGUACGGCGAGCGGGGACAAGUCCUGAAGUCAAAGGAGAGGAAGGUCUUCCUCUUUGAUGAUGUCCUCGUCUGUGCAAACAUAAAUGUCAAGGGGCCUCCAGAUAUCAGCAGCCUCGUCCCCGUGGGCCCCAAGUACACCAUGAAGUGGAGCGCCCCUUUGCAACAGGUGCAUGUCGUGGAGGCGGGGCAGGAGGCCUCUCAAGGCAAAGACACCUUCCUCCAGCAGGGCGGGGCCAAGCGGACGGGUGGAGCCUGCACCUCAGGUAAAGUGAUCCUGGGGCCUCCUCGGCUCUACCAGGAGCUGCAGGAGCUUCAACAUGACCUUUCGGUGGUGGAGGAGGUCACGCUGCUGGUGGGCACGCUGCAGGGGACGUACCAGAACCUGAACACCACUGUGGCCCAGGACUGGUGCCUGGCUCUGCAGAGGCUCAUUCGAAUGAAAGAGGAGCAGAUCCAGAGCGCCAACAAGUGUCGCCUGCGCCUGCAGGUGCCCGGCCGGCCAGACAA